GUAUUAUAUAGGUAACGCCUUCUGUCAGUCGCCCCUUCAAUUAAAACUUUCUUUGUGUGUUUUUAAUACCCCAAUGAAAGUAUCAUUGUUUUUAGUAGUUUUUAGCCUUCUAAUAUAGAAACAAUGGUCCAAAUGAACUUUAUUUUGGUGCAGGGAGAAAAAUAAAUGUACCUACUACAGGUAGUGUCCAGUAUUCUCUGGGUAUCCCCACUUUACUACUACACUUUGUUCACACCAACCCUACUAGUCUUUGUAAACCAUCAUUCUUCCAAUUACCACUCUGAUCUAUGCAUACUUCAUCUAGUUUUCAUGCUACUCUUAGACUAGGUAAAAAAGAAGCUACUAGAUAUUAUAAGUGAAAAGUCGUGCAUUUCCCAUUUUACUCCAUAAUUUGACAUUGUUGUUCAAAAUUAUGUCAUGUCUAGUCUUCAACUUGAUAAAAAGCGUAAAUCCAAACGUUAUCAACGAAUGUUUCGGUAUAUUUUUUGUUGCCCAUCGUUCAAGGAAGAUCUAGAAGACAAUUUUGUAUGCGAAUUUCCACCAAAAUUAGUCUCAUCCUCAAGCCAAUAUGAAGAAAAUAGUAUUAGUAUUAAAACUAGCGAUGAAUCAGAAGGUGCUAGAGCUCUUUUCAGAUGUGGUGCUUCUAUGGAUCUAACGUCUCCUGACAGCGAUUCAAAAAAGGGACCUUUAGAGGCGGAUAUGAAGCUAUCUUUAGACAAACUAGAUAAUUUAAUAGUCACUUUAGAUCAUAUUUAUCAAUUCUAUUCCAAAGAAUCAGCUUAUUUUAAGAAACAAUCUAUUUCUAGAUUACAAGAAGCUGAAUCUACAGAAGGCAGUAAUAUAGAUAGUGGUAAUAAGUUAGAAUGUUUGAAUCCAAAGGAUAUCUUAGUGAAUUCUGUUUCUACUAUUAUAGACUUGACAGAUAGAGAAAAAAUCGAUAAACCUAAUGAAAAUAGCUUUUUGGAAUUACAACGAAAUUAUUCUAAUCUUUCAAGCACGUUAGGAACUUUUACAGACACAGUUAUGGACCACAUUACCAGUAUCAAAUCAGAAAUAAAAGAGUUAAAAAUUUUGUUUUGCAACAUCAAAUAUGCAACUGAUACGAGUAUAAAAGAAAAUAAUUCAGCAUUCUCUUGCGAGGAUUUACAAAGUUGGUUCGAAAAGAAAGAACACGAUAAGGAUAAAUGGUUCUUUCGUGCUGAAGAGUAUAAAUUUUUUGAAGCAAAGAUGAGAGCAUCAAAUUUUUGUAAAUUUCAUAGGUUAAGUCAAGAAUGUGAUAAAAAGAUUAAUAAGUCAAAGAGCGAGUGUAGUCAAAUUAAAUGUAUUUAAAUUUUAU